CCGGAACCUAGCGCACUGCUGUGUAUGCCCAUGCUUGAUCUGCCUGACUGUAAAUACAGCUGAAAGUUACCGAGUCUGGAAACGUAUCCAUUUGAUAAGAUCCAUACUUUCUCCUAAGAAAUGAUGUGCUAACGUACUAGCUAUUUGUAACUCGGGGUCUCCGCCCAGCAUGAGCGUCUGGGGCCAGUUUUCAGGCAGAUCCUUAGACAGCUGCAGCGCCGGAGGUCCCCAGUUCGCUAAGGGAGACGUGGAGCUGGGCGGGGCGGGGCUGCGUUCCGCACAGCUGCGGAAGUGGGGCUUCCUGGCGGGCUUGGCGUGGAGUGUUGGUGCAGACCUGCUCUACCAUGUCGAAAGUGUCCUUUAAGAUCACGCUGACGUCGGACCCGCGGCUGCCAUACAAAGUACUAAGUGUUCCUGAAAGUACUCCUUUCACAGCAGUGUUAAAGUUUGCAGCAGAAGAAUUUAAAGUUCCUGCAGCAACAAGUGCAAUUAUUACCAAUGAUGGUAUAGGAAUAAAUCCUGCACAGACUGCUGGAAAUGUUUUUCUAAAGCAUGGUUCAGAACUCCGAAUUAUUCCUAGAGAUCGUGUUGGAAGUUGUUAAUGUCUGCCACUGGAUCCAUACCUGUCACAAUAAAUAUUGAUAUGUUGUGUUGUUGUAAAAUUGAAA